AUGGAGGCGCAGGAGUUAUUUCGGCGCUUAGGUGCCGGUGCUCGGUUUGAUGUUCGGCGCUUCGGGGAAGAUGCGCGGCGGUUCGGGGUGAUAAAGGGGAGCGGUGGCAGCGUCUCGCUGGAGAGCCUCGACUUCUUCGGGUGCAAGGAGGAAGCCCCCCAGGAGUCUGCCGAGGAGGGAUGUGGGCUCCCAGGGGGUGAAGAGGAGGUGGAGGGUGGAGAGCAGCAGAAAGAGGAUGGAGCAGGGAAAAACGGCAGAGAGAUGGCAGGAAAGAGAAAAAGAAGUGCAGAAAGUGGUGAAGGGAAGAGAAAAAAGAAAAAGACACGAGGUGCUGUAGCAUCAAUGCCAGAGUUGUCAGAAAAUAACGGAAUAAAGUGGAUGUCCUCUCUGGAAGCAAAAGUUGAAGAUGCAAAAGACAAAAAACCUACUGCAGAAAAGCUUGAACGCUUAAGAAGAGAAAAGAUAAACCGCUUCAGAAACAGACACAGGAUCAGUGUUCAGGGCACAGAUCUUCCCGACCCAAUUGCCACGUUUGAUCAGCUUCAAAAGGAAUACAAAAUCCACCCUAAAAUCAUAGAGAACAUUCAGGCUGCUGGCUUCCAGGUCCCAACACCCAUCCAGAUGCAGGCCAUUCCCGUCAUGCUUCAUGGUCGGGAGCUUCUAGCUUCAGCUCCUACUGGGUCUGGAAAAACCCUGGCGUUUUGUAUUCCUCUCCUAGCACAUCUGAAACAACCCAGGAACAAAGGAUUCAGAGCUCUGAUCAUAUCGCCUACGCGAGAACUCGCUAGCCAGACACAUCGGGAGCUGGUGAGGUUGGCUGAGGGGACAGGCUUCAGGAUACAUAUGAUCCACAAGGCAGCUGAUGCAGCAAAGAAGUUUGGGCCCAAGUCUUCUAAAAAAUUUGAUAUACUAGUUACUACUCCAAACAGACUCAUUUAUUUGCUGAAACAAGAUCCUCCAGCAAUAGACUUGACCAGUGUGGAGUGGCUGGUGGUGGAUGAGUCAGACAAACUGUUUGAAGACGGGAAGUCGGGGUUCCGUGACCAGCUGGCCUCCAUCUUCCUGGCAUGCACAUCCCACCUGGUGAGAAGAGCCUUGUUCAGCGCAACCUUUGCACGAGACGUAGAGGAGUGGUGUAAACUUACCCUUGACAGUGUUGUUCUGGUGUCUGUUGGAGCGAGAAACUGUGCAGCCGAGACAGUAGAACAAGAACUGUUGUUUGUUGGAUCUGAGACAGGAAAACUAACGGCAAUGAGAGAGCUUGUUAAGAAGGGUUUUGCUCCUCCGGUCCUUGUUUUUGUACAGUCUAUUGAGAGGGCUAAAGAGCUUUUCCAUGAACUUAUUUACGAAGGCAUCAAUGUGGAUGUCAUCCAUGCAGACAAAACUCAGCAACAGAGAGAUAAUGUAGUACGCAGUUUCAGAGCUGGGAAGAUCUGGGUGCUCAUCUGCUCAGCCUUACUAGCUCGAGGGAUUGACUUCAAAGGUGUGAAUAUGGUCAUUAAUUACGAUAUGCCCACGAGUGCAGUGGAAUACAUCCACAGGAUAGGUCGUACUGGAAGAGCAGGGCACACAGGAAAAGCUGUCACUUUCUUUACAGAAGAUGAUAAACCUUUAUUACGGAGCAUAGCCAGUGUUAUUCAGCGAGCUGGCUGUCCUGUGCCAGACUACCUCAAACACUUGCCCAAACUGCAAAGCAAACAAAAGAAGAAAUUCAUUAAGAAACCAUUGACAAGAGAAUCCAUUUGUACCACCCCUCAGUGCUUCUUAAAAAAAGCCAAAAGAAAAACGAAAACUACAAAGGAAAAUAUUAAGGAAAAAAAGAAAGUUAAAGAAGGUAAAAGUGGCAGUAAAUUACAGACUGGUUCAGAAAGCUGA